CGUAACUUCCUGUCCGUGCUCCGUAACGGGGGGUGGAGCCGCUCCUCAUUUCCGGAGGGAAGUUCGGCUGCGGGAUCUGGGCUCUGGAAUUUAACUUCUUGAGUGAUAUAAAAGGAGACCAGGAAUUGCUUUGGGCAUGGCUGCUGAGCUGAACUUCUCUCCCCCUGAAGUCCCAGAGCCUACUUUCCUAGAGAAUCUUCUUCGUUAUGGACUGUUUCUGGGGGCUAUCUUCCAGCUUAUCUGCGUAUUGGCCAUCAUCUUCCCCAUUUCAAAGUCUCACGAGGGGGAAGGGGGACAUUUUGAGCCAAGAAAGUUUGAGGUGACCAAGAAGCCAAAGGGGGCUGCUCCUCCUCAAAGCAAAAAGUCCAAGAAGGAAACCAAGAAGAAGAGAUAGAGCAGAAGCUGCCAGAUGUGGCAUGUGUGUGGCCUGCUCUUCUUUCUUCAGAAUCAAGUACUUGUGAAGAGGAACCAUUGCAGGAAAAUCAAUCUUCAUAAAAACAUUUGUCCAGCAUCAUCUUCCUUACAGAAUCUGAGUUGGAAGGGAUCUCUACUGAAUAGGAAUCCUUUCUACAACCUCCCUGAUGAGUGAUCAUGCUGCCUCUGCUUGAAGACCUCCGGUGAUGGGGAACUACUACCUCCUGAGGCAAUCCAUUUCUCUUUUGGAUAGCUCACUAAUUGUUAGGAAAUUUUUCCUUACAUUGAGCUGAAAUCCACCUCUCUGAAACUUCGACUUAGUCCUUUGGAGACUAGGGAAUUGAGGUGGCUCUAGUGGAGCCUUUUAAACGCAGAGGAGCAUAUAAGCAUGAGCAUUUCACUGGGCUUCAAAUCUUGUUUAAUCAUGGCUCCUGAUUCACUGGGCUUCAAAUCUUGUUUAAUCAUGGCUCCUGAAGCACAGCCUCUUCAGAAAAGAAAAUGUGGGUUGUUCCACUACAGUGACAUUUGACUUCAGGAAAAAUGACAAUAGAAUCAUGAGCACAUUAUACAAGCAAAGGCCAUAUAUAUUGGGAUACUUAGUUUAAAAGUCAUGUUAAAAUAGCUGAGUUGCUUUUUAGUGUUUAAUCAUUUUAAAUAAUUUUUGGGGGGGGGGCAGGGCAAUUGGGGUUAAGUGACUUGCCCAAGGUCACAGCUAG